AUGUCAGGAGACAUGUGGCGAUGGACCUGCCUUGUCUUGCACCUUCUCCUCUGUGCUUCUGUGUUGCCUUCCGUGGUGAGGCAGCAGCCCACCCACCCAAAGAGACCGUUCCUCAACUUCACUGUGGACAUGGCAGAGGUCUAUUUCAACCACUUAGUGGUCGACGAAAGGAGGGGGCACAUUUACUUGGGGGCUGUCAACUGGAUCUACAAACUCUCGGGUGACCUGGUGGUGCAGGCUUCUCAUCAGACGGGUCCGGAUACUGACAACCCAAAGUGUUACCCUCCCAAGCUGGUCCAGCCUUGCAACGAACAGUUGAUGUCCACAAACAACAUCAACAAAAUGCUCCUCAUAGACUACAAAGAGAACCGGUUGAUUGCCUGUGGGAGCUUAUACCAGGGCAUCUGUAAACUCUUGCGGCUGGAUGACCUGUUCAAACUUGGGGAGCCUUUCCACAACAAGGAGCACUACCUCUCUGGAGUGAACGAGAGCGGCUCCGUUUUUGGAGUGAUUAUUUCUUACAACAACAUGGACGACAAGCUGUUUGUGGCUACUGCUGUGGAUGGUAAACCCGAGUACUUCCCCACCAUCUCCAGCAGAAAGCUCCCCAAGAACUCUGAGGCUGAAGGGAUGUUUGCUUACGUCUUCCAUGAUGAAUUUGUGGCCUCCAUGAUCAAGAUUCCGUCAGACACGUUCACCAUCAUCCCUGACUUUGACAUAUACUACAUCUAUGGCUUCAGCAGUGGGAAUUUUGUGUACUUCUUGACCCUCCAGCCUGAGAUGAUUUCUCCACCUGGCUCCACCACCAAGGAGCAAGUCUACACCUCUAAGUUGGUCCGCCUGUGCAAAGAAGACACAGCCUUCAACUCCUACGUUGAGGUGCCCAUUGGCUGCGAGAAGAACGGAGUGGAAUACCGAUUACUCCAGGCGGCCUACUUGUCAAAGGCAGGGUCCAUCUUGGCCAGGUCUUUGGGUGUCAGGCCAGAAGAUGACAUCCUCUUCACUGUCUUCUCCAAGGGGCAAAAGAGGAAAAUGAAGUCUUUGGAUGAGUCAGCUCUCUGCAUCUUUGUUCUGAAAAAGAUCAACGACCGUAUCAAGGAGAGGCUGCAAUCCUGCUAUAGGGGCGAAGGCACUUUGGAUUUGGCCUGGCUUAAAGUGAAGGAUAUUCCCUGUAGCAGUGCACUGUUAACAAUUGAUGAUAAUUUCUGUGGCCUGGAUAUGAACGCCCCACUCGGAGUAUCUGAAAUGGUGAGAGGUCUCCCCAUCUUCACAGAAGACCAGGACAGGAUGACCUCCGUCAUUGCUUACGUCUAUAAGAACCACUCGUUGGCUUUUGUGGGCACGAAAAGCGGCAAGCUGAAAAAGAUCCGUGUAGAUGGCCCAAUCAAAGGCGCCCUUGAAUAUGAGGUUGUUCAAGUGGUGGAUACCGGGCCGAUACUACGGGAUAUGGCCUUCUCAGUAGAUCACAAGCAUCUGUACAUCAUGUCUGAGAAACAGCUCACCCGAGUGCCGGUGGAGUCAUGUGGACAGUACAAAAGCUGUGGCGAAUGUCUGGGCUCGGGGGAUCCCCACUGUGGAUGGUGUGUGCUCCACAACACGUGCACAAGGAAAGAACAGUGUGAACGCUCCAGCGAGCCUAGGAGGUUUGCCUCCGAGAUGAAGCAAUGUGUCCGGCUCACCGUCCACCCCAACAACAUCUCCGUCUCCCAAUAUAGCGUGAUGCUGGUGUUGAAGACUUACAAUGUGCCCGAACUGUCGGACGGCGUCAAUUGCACCUUUGGGGACUUGUCGGAAAUGGACGGUGUGGUGAUGGGAAACCAGAUUACUUGCCAAUCUCCGGCGGCCAAGGAGGUGCCAAAGAUCAUCACUGAGAAUGGAGACCACCACAUUGUCCAGCUUCAGCUCAAAUCCAAGGAAACAGGCAUGACCUUUGCCAGCACGAGUUUUGUCUUCUACAACUGCAGUGUCCACAACUCGUGCCUGUCUUGCGUGGAGAGCCCGUACCGGUGCCACUGGUGCAAAUAUCGCCACCUUUGCACGCACGAACCCCUUAGCUGCCACUUUGCAGAAGGGCGGGUCAAGCUGCCAGAGGACUGCCCCCAGCUGCUGCAAGUCAAUAAGAUCUUGGUGCCGGUGGAAGUUAUCAAGCCCAUCACACUGAAGGCCAAGAACCUGCCUCAGCCACAGUCAGGGCAGCGGGGGUACGAGUGCAUCAUCAACGUCCAAGGCAGUGAAAAGAGGGUGCCGGCUUUGCGGUUUAACAGCUCCAGCGUCCAGUGCCAGAACACUUCCUAUUCUUAUGAUGGGAUGGAGAUUAACAGUCUGCCAGUGGAGUUGACAGUCGUGUGGAAUGGGAAUUUCAACAUUGACAACCCAGCGCAGAACAAAGUCCACCUCUACAAGUGCGGAGCCAUGAGAGACAGCUGCGGCUUGUGCCUGAAGGCGGAUCCAGACUAUGAAUGUGGCUGGUGUGAAGACCUGAAUCAGUGCACCUUGAAACACCAUUGCCCCAUCCUGGAGAACCGAUGGCUGGAGCUCUCGGGGACCGGGGGCAAGUGCACCAAUCCGAAGAUCACGGAAAUCAGCCCCGUGAGGGGACCCCGAGAAGGAGGGACCAGAGUGACCAUUCGGGGAGAAAAUCUGGGCCUGGAGUUCCGCGACAUUGCAUCACAAGUCAAGGUCGCCGGCGUGGAGUGUGUUCCCUUAGUGGAUGGAUACAUCCCAGCUGAGCAAAUAGUGUGUGAGAUGGGCGAGGCCAAGCUCAGCCAGCAUGCUGGAAAUGUCGACAUCUGCGUGGCUGAAUGUAAGCCGGAGUUCAUGGCCAAAUCUUCCCAGUUCUAUUACUUUACGAUUCUGACCCUUUCUGACCUCAAUCCGAAGCAAGGUCCCGUCUCAGGCGGAACACAGGUCACCAUCACGGGCAAAAAUCUAAACGCUGGCAGCAACGUCUCUGUGUCCUUUGGGCAGGAACCCUGCAUUUUUCACUGGAGAACUGCAGAAUACAUUGUCUGCAAUACUACAGCUUCCAGGAAUGGUUUGGAGAGGAACGUGGUGGAUGUGUCUGUAAAGGUGGACAAGGCCACGUUACAUAAAGAACUGGAGAAGGCCAAGUCCCACAAAGAGAUAAAGUUUAAAUACAUGGAAGACCCAACCAUCUUGAGGAUUGAGCCAGAAUGGAGCAUUGUCAGUGGAAAUACGCCCAUUACAGUGUGGGGCACUAACCUGGACCUCAUCCAGAACCCUCAGAUCCGAGCAAAGUAUGGUGGGAAAGAACACAUCAAUGUUUGUGAAGUGCAGAACGAGACAGAGAUGAUUUGCCAAGCUCCAGCCCUGGCGGUUGAUCCAGACAACCAGUCUGACCUCACCGAGCGGCCGGACGAGUUCGGCUUCAUCUUGGACAACGUCCACUCCUUGCUGAUCCUCAACAAAACCAAUUUCACCUACUACCCAAAUCCUGUCUUUGAGGCUUUCAACCCCUCUGGGAUAUUGGAACUGAAGCCAGGAACCCCUGUUAUAUUAAAGGGGAAGAACCUGAUCCCACCGGUGGCAGGAGGGAAUGUCAAGCUAAAUUACACCGUGCUGGUCGGUGAGAAGCCCUGUGUGGUCACGGUGUCAGAUGUGCAGCUGCUAUGCGAGUCCCCGAAUCUCACUGGACGGCACAAAGUGAUGGCUCGUGUAGGAGGGAUGGAGUUUUCUCCAGGGAUGGUGAACAUCUCCCCGGACAGCCCGCUCAGCCUGCCUGCCAUCGUCAGCAUUGCCGUGGCAGGAGGUCUCCUCAUCAUCUUCAUUGUGGCCGUGCUGAUCGCCUACAAGCGCAAGUCCCGCGAAAGCGACCUCACCCUCAAACGGCUGCAGAUGCAAAUGGACAACCUGGAGUCCCGGGUGGCCUUGGAAUGCAAGGAAGCUUUUGCAGAACUGCAGACGGACAUCCAUGAGCUAACGAGCGAUUUAGAUGGAGCUGGCAUUCCAUUCCUGGAUUACCGGACCUAUACGAUGAGGGUGCUUUUCCCUGGUAUUGAAGAUCAUCCUGUGCUGAGGGAUCUGGAGGUCCCUGGUUAUCGGCAGGAGCGGGUGGAGAAAGGCCUGAAGCUCUUUGCCCAGCUCAUCAACAACAAGGUCUUCCUUUUGUCCUUCAUUCGCACCUUGGAGUCCCAGCGGAGCUUCUCCAUGCGGGACCGUGGCAACGUGGCCUCCCUCAUUAUGACAGUGCUCCAGAGCAAGCUUGAGUAUGCCACCGAUGUCCUCAAGCAACUCCUGGCUGACCUCAUAGACAAAAACCUGGAGAGCAAAAACCACCCUAAGUUGCUGCUUCGGAGGACAGAAUCUGUUGCUGAGAAGAUGCUGACCAAUUGGUUCACUUUCCUGCUCUACAAAUUCCUCAAGGAAUGUGCCGGGGAGCCCCUCUUCUCCCUGUUCUGUGCAAUCAAGCAGCAGAUGGAGAAGGGUCCCAUCGAUGCCAUCACUGGGGAAGCCCGCUACUCCUUGAGCGAGGACAAACUCAUCCGGCAGCAGAUCGACUACAAGACCCUGGUCCUGAGCUGUGUGAAUCCAGAUAAUGUGAACAGCCCUGAGAUCCCAGUGAAGAUUCUGAACUGUGACACCAUCACGCAGGUCAAGGAGAAGAUCCUCGACGCCAUCUUCAAGAACGUGCCUUGCUCCCAUCGGCCAAAAGCUGCCGACAUGGACCUAGAAUGGCGCCAGACCAGUGGGGCGCGGAUGAUCCUUCAAGAUGAAGACCUCACGACCAAGAUCGAGAAUGACUGGAAGAGGCUUAACACCCUAGCCCACUACCAGGUAACCGAUGGAUCUGUGGUGGCCCUGGUGUCCAAGCAAGUUACUGCCUAUAACGCGGUCAACAAUUCCACUGUCUCCAGGACUUCCGCUAGCAAGUAUGAAAACAUGAUCCGCUACACAGGCAGCCCAGACAGCUUGCGUUCUCGGACGCCCAUGAUUACGCCCGACCUGGAGAGCGGGGUCAAGAUGUGGCACUUGGUCAAGAACCACGAACACGGAGAUCAGAAGGAGGGCGACCGAGGGAGCAAGAUGGUGUCGGAGAUCUACCUAACCAGGCUGCUGGCCACCAAGGGCACUUUACAGAAGUUCGUUGAUGACCUCUUUGAGACCAUCUUCAGCACAGCGCAUCGCGGCAGUGCCCUGCCCUUGGCCAUCAAGUACAUGUUCGACUUCUUGGACGAGCAGGCAGACAAGCACAACAUCCAUGACCCCCAUGUGCGGCACACCUGGAAAAGCAACUGCUUGCCGCUAAGGUUUUGGGUGAACAUGAUCAAAAACCCACAGUUUGUCUUUGACAUCCACAAGAACAGCAUCACGGACGCCUGCCUGUCAGUGGUAGCGCAAACCUUCAUGGACUCCUGUUCGACCUCAGAGCACCGUUUGGGCAAAGAUUCCCCAUCAAAUAAACUCCUCUAUGCCAAGGAUAUCCCCAGCUACAAGAACUGGGUGGAAAGGUACUACUCAGAUAUCGGCAAAAUGCCAGCUAUCAGCGACCAGGACAUGAACGCCUACCUGGCUGAGCAGUCCCGCAUGCACAUGAAUGAAUUCAACACAAUGAGUGCGCUAUCAGAGAUCUACUCUUACGUGGGCAAGUACAACGAAGAGAUCCUUGGCGCGCUCGAUCAAGACGACCAGGCUGGCAAGCAGAAACUGGCCUACAAACUUGAACAAGUUAUAACCCUCAUGAGUAUAGACAGCUGAGAACUGCCCUACCAGGGGACUCCCUGGGAGGGAUUUAAAAACAAAAACAAAAAACAAAACCAAGCCGUGCCUCAGUCAAGAACAUCCUCUUUACCAAGUGCAAGUUUCUGAUUGGCUGUCGAGCAAAGUCACCAGAACAGCUCUCGGCUCCUCUAAGGCUCGCCUGCUGGACCUAUGGACGCCAAGCAACUAGGCCUCAAGGAUUUGAGGGGCGUCUCCGUAGAGGAAUCCCAAACGUGGGGACCAUUUAGGUGGAGCUCCCUCGUCCACAGAUGCCCCUUCUGCCUUCACCCGGAGCAUAUCGUCUAAUCAUCCGUUCAACGACAGAGGGAGCCGUUCCGGCUUGCCUCCGUCAUGCUGCUUUAAUGGCGCUCUUUGGGCUCCGAGCCCUGGAGCAGAAACAAACUCAGUGUUAUUUGGAAGCUACACCAAGGCAGGACUUGCUCUCUUGCCUCCAAGAAUCCUGACGGAGUGGGGAACAAACUUUGCUCUUUUUCCCACCCGAGAGUGCUGCCCCUUCCCAUCAGACUGUCACCCGGUGGCUUGCCUCAUGGGGCUACCAUGGAAGAGGGAGGCCGCUUGCCCUGUGAACUCUCAGUGCGGUCAGCUGCUCUCCUGGGACUGGGUGGAGAAGGAAGAAAGGCCACCUUUUCACCUCUCCCCAAUUUUCGUAAAUUUAACUCUUUUCUUUUCUUUCAUGGAUCAUUGUCAUCUUCUGCCCAUGUCCACUGACUGUAUAACCACCCACACAAGCACACACCUUUCUUCGGCUACGGCCAUGCCUGUUUCAUCUCCAUUCAUUCUGGGAAAGCAGUCUAGAACCUUUUCCACAAUACGUGCGACAUUCAUCCCUUUUGAACCAGCAUGGCUGCACCUUGGGAGGUGACACACAGUCUCUAACUGAAGUG